CCAGUUACCACAGCUAGCAGUAAUAACAAUAACAACAACAAUAAUAAUAAUAUAACCACAACCGACAAUAACAAUUUAAAUACAAAUACAACAAUUGCAAAUGUCACCACAACAACAACAACCACGACGACACCAAAACCACUACAACCCGCCGGUUAUCAACCAUUUAUAAAAAAACAUAGAGCACCAGCUCCACCGCCACCACAAGCAGGUGUAGCUGCUGCCACGGUCUCGGUAAUACGUCAAUCUAGUUUCCUUUAUGGAGCCGCUGGUAUAGGUCACCAACAUACACAAUAAUUAUUUAAUAACCAAUAAAAACAAUUGUUAAAAGAGAAACAAACAAAAAAUGGAAAUUUAACUAUAAAUCAUAGAUGAAUAUUUAAUUAUUAGCAUUGCAAAAUAUCCUUUAAAUGUUGUGUUGUAAUUUUUGUAUUAUCAUGUAAAGUAAGAAACACUUUUUUCAAAAUAAUUGUUAAAUUAAAAAAAAAAAAGACUUUAAUCCUUGUCUCUAUUAACGUAUGUAUAAAUACAAGUAUAGUAAAAAUGAUUUAAACAUCAAUGCCUUUAUUAACAUAUAGUUGUGUAUUUUAUAAAUAUAUUUAAUAAAUAAAUACUUAUAAUCGUAAUAACUAAUAUUAACUAAUAAUAAUUAAUAUUUUUUUGAUUUCUUACCUUGAAAUUUGAACACAAAAUUUUUUUAACAAAAUUAUUAUUUCACUGAACUGUUAACUUAACUGUUUUAUUUUUUUAUGAUAAUGAAGAAUAAAAUGGGGAAAUAAUUAGAGUGGCCAUAUUUAUGUUUCUGUUUUAACACAGAGUUGCCGUUACGGAUUUAAAGUAACUUUGCAAAAACGGACAAAAUAAUCUCAUGUUGAUAUUUUGCAGACUAAAUUUAAAUUAUCAAUAAUUUUUCACGGAAAUUUAAAUUUAUCGAUAAAUUUAUAGCAAUCAAUUCAUUUUUUUUUAAACUUGUAAUAAUUUGUAAAAUUAAACUAGUAAUAAUAACAUAAAUUUCUAUAAAAAAUUAUAGUAGUCGAUAAAUUUUGUAUAGAAAAUUUCAAUAAUCAAUAAAUUUUUUAUAGAAAAUUGUAGUAAUCUAUAAAUUGUUCAUAGAAAACUACAGUAAUCGAAAAAAUUGCAAAGAAGAUUAUAGUAAACGAUAUAUAUUCUAUAGAAAAUUGUAGUUAUCGUUAAAUUUUUUAUAGAAAAUUAUUAUAUUAUAAAUAUUCUAUAGAAAAUUGUACUUAUCGAUAAUUUUUUUUAUAGAAAAUUAUGGUUAUCGAUAAAUGUUCUUUGGAAAAUUAUAGUUAUC